AUGGCCGCGAAACCCGAAUGGCUCGUCCUCCUCCCCGACUUUGAGGGAGCAUUGGACAAGAGGAUGGAAGUGCGACCGAAGCAUCUCGAAGCCAUCAAGCCGAAUGUGAGCUCCGGGAAAAUCACCCUCGGCGGUGCAACACUGGACGAGCAGCCGCGCGAAGGCCAGCCGAUGAAGAUUAAUGGCAGCGCCAUGCUCGUGUCCGCCGAUUCAAAGGAGGAUGUGAUGAAGCUUGUGGAGAGCGAUGUCUACUACGAGAGCCGCGUGUGGGAUCCGAGUAAGAUUCAAGUCUUCCCUUUCAAGUCUGCGGUGCGAACUGCUCUAUAG